CACCUCAUCUUCCUCUCCUUUCGUCGAACACCUUCCUUUCCUUUCUCUUGGUCGCUGCAGACCGCAGCCAUGAUCGCUUCCCCUUCCUCAUCUUCCUCUGCCAGAGGGUCGAAGAAGGCGAUUACGAAGCCUGGAUUUAAGGAUCAGGCGGAGAGCAAGUGGCGCACCGCCGCGCAGCAGAGGAUCUAUGGCCGCCGCCUCAUUGACGCCCUCCGCGCCACUGCUCCUUCCGGGCCGCAUGCUGUCAAGGAGGCCUCCGAUUCUGCCCUAGCGCUCACCGCCCGCGGCCAGUCCCGAUGGAGCCGCGCUAUACUCCUCGGCCGCCGCCGCCGCCCAAGUUGCAAGUUCCUCCUGAAAGCUCGCCGCGGGCGCAGGCAGCCGAAGCCACCUCCGCCCGCUCUGAAGCAGGGUAUGGCAGCCUCCCCCGAAGGGAAGAAGGUGAGUGACCGCCUGCGGGUGCUCGGCCGACUGGUGCCCGGGUGCCGGAAGCUGUCGGCUCCGAGUCUGCUAGAGGAGGCGGCCGACUACAUGGUAGCGCUGGAGAUGCAGGUGAAGACGAUGAGGGCGCUCGCUGAAGCGCUAUCCGCGGCGUCGCUGAACGCCGCUGAACCUGGAAGUUGAGGUGACUGAUGAACUGAAUUGCUUCUUGCUGAUGAAUAAUUAAGUGUAUGUAUACGAUCAAUGGAUUUUGGAAACACUGCUGUGGGCAUCCUGUGCAUAUUGUAAAAUCCUAAUACUUGUACAUGCUCCUCAUUAAACUUCUGGUGCUGCAGAACUAGGACCUCUAAUUCCUUGAUCUUUGAUUGAAAUUAUGUGUUUACUUAAUAAAACCAUCUAAAAGUAGAUUUUAAAUUGGA